AUGCUUCAGUCCCCUCCACUCCAUAUACUCACCACUGACAUAGCGUCAAAUAUGUCGCAUGCCCAUGUGUCAGCGUGUUGGUGUGGCGGUCAACACCCACACCUGUUCCUCUGUGAUCGGACUGGUGUGGGCUUCGUCCUAAAUUGUAAGUGUUGCAACCUUUCACCUUCCAAGCUCUACGGAGCCCCCUCCAAUGAUGACGUGUAUCAAUUUCAGUUCUGCUACAGAAUUCAAUGUCGACAAACCCAUACCACAAGCUUACCUUUGUCUGAUUUACUCAACCCUUUACUGUUGAACAUGAUUGCUGAAGCGGACAUUUGCUAA